UUUCUAGUUUCUUAUCAUCAAUAACAAUAUGUUCUCAAAACAUUGAUAUACAAAUGCAAUAACACUAAUACAAGUAAACCUACAUGCUAUUUAAUCCUUUAUUUAAUUUUCAAUAUCAAGAAUAUCAAGUGCGCGUCAAUCCCAAAACAUUGGGGUACGUCAAUGAGUACCUAUCAGGGACAUUGAUGUUCAUCAAUGAAUACCUAAAGGUUGUUGUGCUGCACAGCUAUCCUAACCUUGGUCAUACUGCAGUUUCCACAGAGUGUGACAUUCACUUAUUUAAUGUGUUUCAUUCUUCUCCUGUCUUUCAGAUGACUGACUCCGAUGAAACUGCUGUAAUCAGACCCUCAUUGAGUGAGGCCCAGGUGGUGGAGUUGGUCGGACGGUUGUACGGUCUGAAGGUUUCAAAAGUCAAACCACUGCCCAGCUACAUGGACCAGAACUUCCACAUCCUGGUGUGCGAGACCCAGGAAGGUGGAGAUCACGGGGAGAGCUACGUCCUCAAGGUUCUGAACACUGCCGAGAGCCAAGACACUGAUUUGAUGGAAGUACAAACGCGAGUCAUGAUGUUCCUAAACCAGAAAGGUUUUCCUACAGCCACACCAAUCACAACCAUUGAUGGCAAGAUUCUGUCCCUGGAGACAAUCAGUUGUGGUGAAGAAUAUAAGAACUACAUGGUCUGCUUGUUGACCUACCUGCCAGGAACUCAACUACUGGGGAUCCCUGCAGACCCACAGAUCUUGUACAAAAUUGGCCGAACACUUGCUCAGAUUAACAAAGCUCUGACAGAAUUCAAGCACCCCAACAUUAAGAGCCUGCAGAGAGAUUCUGGCAUCUGGAACCUUUCAAACACUCACCAGCUGCACACGUACCUGUCCGCAGUGAAGAACACUAGUGAUCGCCAAAUUGUGGAGCAAAUUAUUCAGCAAUUUGUGAAGAAGAUACGUCCAAAUAUCAACAACUUUCAUAAAAGCAUUAUUCACGGAGACUUCAGUCACACCAACAUUCUUGUGCAGCCUCUUCAUUCAUCAGCUGAUUGCUCCAAUGCAGCAGGUCACAUGCAGCAGGAACUGGAGAUUUCUGGCAUCCUGGACUUUGGCGACACGGCUUGUGGUUACUAUGUGUAUGACUUGGCCAUCUGCAUAAUGUACCUCAUGCUGGACAGCGAAGACCCCCUGCAUGUUGGAGGCCAUAUUCUCGCAGGUUUCGAGAGUGUGAUCCCUUUAACUCUCCAGGAAAGGGAUGCCUUGUAUUUGCUGGUUCUUUGCAGGUUUUCCCAGUCGCUGGUUAUGGGGACAUAUAAUAUUCUGCGUUACCCAGACAAUGAAGAGUACCUACAGAUCACAUCAAGAACUGGCUGGAAGCAUUUACGCCAACUCUGGAAGCUAGGAAAAGAAGCAGUGGAGAAGCUUUGGUUUGAGACGGCCAAGUACUACCUCACUCUGUGAAACCUCCAUUGGUUCUCAGUGCCGGAGUAUCAUUGCCUCUCCCACAACAUCCAUAUUUGAAAGAAAGAUUAAAACACAAUCAAGCAAUAUUCCAACCAUUUGAAAUUAUAUCCAGAUGGAUUUUAAGCCAUUUUUCACUGGCAUCCUUUAGUUUAGUUUAGUUUAUUGUCACCUAUACCGAGGUACAGUGAAAAGCUUUUGUUGCAUGCUAACUAGUCAGCAGAAAGACAAUACAUGAUUACAAUUGACCCAUUUACAGUGUAUAGAUAUUUGAUAAGGGAAUAACGUUUAGUGCAACGUAAAGCCAGCAAAGUCCAAUUAAGGAUAGUCCGAGCAUCAACAAAGAGGUAGCUGGUUGGUCAGCACUGCUCUCUGGUUUAUGUUUUCGCUGGCCAUCUUUCAUUCACAUUUCCCACUGUAACUGAAUCAACAGUCCAAGUGUGAACCUCUCUACAAUCACUGAGUCCCAGUCUAGAGCUUCCCCUGCAUGGACCUGGAACGGUGCAGCCAACCAUCAUGAGAUGUGAUGCCUGGUAAAUAGUCUCAUUAUCCUCUGUCUGAUUGUCCUGCACAUACUGGAACACAAAUCUUGGAACUAAUCUCCAAACCUCAUACCAUUCCCGAUUACAUAGUGGGUAAUUUUCUGUCAGGUUUGUGUUUGUAAAUGAUCUACAAAUUGUACAUGAAUGGGAUUGAAAUUGCACCAAAACGCCUCCACAUGUUGAUUGACACUGUUAUUUACAUUGUCAAUAGCUGAAUCUUCACCUAAGGAUCUGUUGUGAAAUGCUCUUUGAAGACCAGUUCACAUACGAUGUACACAUUGCAAAGCAGUUCGGAGAAUUUCUUCUUCAUUGCCAAUUGGCCACAUUUUUCCUUCCUCACGUAAUGUCAGAGUUCAUUCAUCUCCUUCCACUUCAACUCCAUGCAGGCACUUUUGUCGUGCACUAUCCUUUGCCAGUCUCUUCCAACAACCCCCAUCACCACUUCCAUUGUUUACUUCUUGCUGUCUUCCAUCCUUCACCACUUGCUCUGCAAUCUAAAACUUAUUCCAACUUUCCUUUUUCCAUUUCUAACGAAAGAUCACCAACCUGAAAUGUUAACUCUUCUUCCCUCUACACAAUAGGUGAGAAUUAGUCAUAGAGUGAUACAGUGUGGAAACAGGCCCUUCACUUGCCCACACGGGCCAACAUGUCCCAGCUAUACUAGUUCCACCUGC